UUGUAAAUAAACGACUUGUUUUAAGUUUACAAGUAGCUCGGCUGGUUGUUUGUCGGUGGUCGCGAAGCGUUCGAAAGUUGAAAAAACGAUCUCGUCAAGGUCACUCAUAGGAAAACAAUUGAUGUCGCAAUGAGAGCCGCGAUUGUUUUGUGUGCACUGGCGCUCGCCUCUUGCCAGAACGACAACGAGAGGGAUGCGGCGGUUAACAAGCUGUUCACGUCUGCUACUCCUCGCCAAGCUUUCGACGACGUCUACGAAGAGGUGACGAAGAAGCCCACCGAAAGCAUAGGAGCCAUUGAAAAAUGCGGGGAAGGAGCUGACAAGGACGUGCACUUGUGCGUGCCUUACUACCAGUGCGAUGGUACCACUCAGACCAUCAUCCAGGAUGGGUCAAGGGAUGGGUUCAAAGUCAUUGAUGUCAGGUUUGGAGCAAACAGUUGUGCAGAACUCCUGGAUGUCUGCUGUAAAAUUCCCGAAGGAGGGGCGCCAGAUCCCGACAAAAACCGCGAACCCGACAUUGACAAUCCCGUACCAACUCCCAGACCAACACCUAGACCCACUCAAAGACCAACUUCUCCACCACUGCAAGCCGGUUGCGGCAUAAGAAACACGAACGGAGUGGACUUCAAGAUCACAGGCAACACCGAGAACGAGGCUGAAUACGGAGAGUUUCCAUGGAUGGUCGCGAUCCUCAAGAACAAUUACAAUCCCAAUGUCGAUAAAAAUUUGGCCAUUUGCGGAGGAUCUCUGAUUGCGCCCAACGUGGUGCUUACAGGAGCUCACUGCGUUUACAAUUUUAAAAUAAACGACAUAAAAGUAAGAGCCGGCGAAUGGGACACUCAGACGGAAAAAGAACGAUUGCCGUAUCAAGAAAGAAACGUUGUUCGAAUAAUUACACACAACGAUUUUCAUCAAAACACCUUGUUUAACGAUGUGGCUUUGCUACUAUUGGACUCCCCUAUCCAAGAGGCCGAGCAUAUCGGUCUUGUGUGUUUGCCACAACAGAAUCAGAUCAUAGACUCGACGAAUUGCUUCGCUACUGGAUGGGGAAAAGAUAAUUUCGGAAAGGAUGGACGUUAUUCAUCAAUUUUAAAGAAAAUUGAACUUCCUAUUGUUCAACGUCAAAGAUGCCAGGAAUUGUUGAGGACUACUAGAUUAGGAAUUCAUUUCAAUUUGGACAAAAGUUUCACUUGCGCUGGUGGAAUUGCUGGAAGAGACACUUGUACGGGCGACGGAGGCAGUCCUUUGGUAUGUCCUGACCCUCAAAACCCUAGGAGAUACGUGCAAGCUGGCAUCGUCGCAUGGGGUAUCGGAUGCGGCGAAGAAAAAAUUCCGGGGGUAUACGCCGACGUUGCCAAAUUUAGGCAGUGGGUUGACGGACAGUUGCAGCAACUCAAUUGACACCCGACCUUAUGUUUAAUUUAUUUAGUAUUAUUUGAAUGGAGAUAAAAAUGUUAAAUGUUGAACUGAUUAACCUCGUAUUUAUUUCUCAACAAUAAAAAUUGUACUAUGAACUUGGGUUUAUUAAUUAAUUAUGCAAUAUUUGUGAUAUUAUAAGAGUUUUGAUAAAUUUAUAUGCAUUUAAAGAUUCCUGCUAA